AUGCUACAGUGCUUCAAACGCUCCAGUCUUCAGCAGCCAGCCAGCGGUCACAGGACUCUCAGUGCACUUGACAGUCUUGAUAACAUUCUUAAUGUCCCGGUGAACAACGAGGCUUCAACCACAACAGGUGUUUUAAUUCCUGUGCCAUGCCACGAAACCACCAUUUUGUCCAUAACGGGACGUGGAGCAGUCAUCGUUCCCUACUACCUGAGUGAGGAGCAGGGCUGGGAGCUUCAGGUGGUGGAGCUCCAUCGAGCGCUGGAAUCUGCAAAGGGAGUCUGUAACCCUGUUUCUCUGUAUGUCAUCAACCCUGGAAAUCCAUCAGGUUACGUUCAAAGCAGAAAAUCAAUGCAAGAGGUGAUCCAGUUUGUUUCGGAGAAGAGGCUCUUCCUUCUGGCUGAUGAAAUGGAUGUUUAUCAGGACUGCGUUUAUGGGGAAAACUGUGCGUUUGUCUCCUACAAGAGGAUUCUAGCGGAGAUGGGGCCUCCUCUCUCAGACACAGUGGAGCUGGCGUCCUUCCACUCAGCAUCCAAGGGCUUCGUGGGAGAGUGUGGUCUGCGUGGUGGAUAUGUGGAGCUGGUAAACCUGGACCCUGCUGUUAUGACAUACAUCUACAAACUGUUCUCGAAAGACAGCUGUGCCCCCGUAUUGGGUCAGGUUGCCCUGGAUCUGAUGACGAACCCUCCACAACUAGGGGAUUCCUCAUACCCUCUGUAUAAUCAGGAGACACAACACAUCAGGACCGUGCUGAGUCAUAAUGUGACGAGAACCUAUGCCGUUUUAAACAGUCUGCUGGGUUUCAGCUGCCAACCAGUGGAAGGUGGGGCAUGUGUUCCACCUAAAGCAAUCCACAGAGCAAAGGAUGUGGGGCUGCAGCCAGAUACGUUCUACUGUGUCAGACUGCUAGAGGAGGCUGGUGUGUUAAUCAGCAUCGACAAAAAGGAGGGCACCCAACACAUCAGAUUUUACAUUAUGACCCCUGUGGACAUCAUGGAGGAAUUACUAAAACACCUGACCAGCUUUCAACAGUUUAUGAAGGAUUUUUCAUAA